AUGCCUUUGAGAGUCUUCACCAUCACCAUCAGCUGGGCCAGCUCCUGGACUGACAUUUCCAAGAUCUUCACUAAGAUAUUUCUCUAUCUCUUCCUGCCACUGAAAGCCUUUGGUAACCACAUAGGAUCAAGGAAUCAAAGUAGCCACUGGUGUCACAAAUCUUUAAGGGAACUUCUUGCUGUGAAAUAUGAUUGCUACAGUCACUUCAAUGAAAGCACAAUAAACACCAGAAUAUCCCCCUGGGGGUUGUCAUCGGUAUCUCUCUUCCUAUCACAGGCUGUCAUUGGCAUUCUGGGAAAUUUCUCUCUUCUUCGUCACUACCUCUCCCUUUACCACAGUCGUUGUAGGAUGAGGGACACAGAUUUGAUUCUCAUGCACCUGACACUAGCCAACUUCUUCCUCAUUCUCUCCAAAGCCGUCCCCAACACAAUGAUAGCUUUGGGGUGGAAACACUUCAUCAGUGACUUAGGUUGUCAAGUUAUUUUCUAUGUUUACAGAAUGACCAAGGGAGUGUCCAUUGGCACCACCUGCCUCUUGAGUGUCUACCAGACCAUCACGAUCAGCCCCAUGAACUCCUGCUGGAAAGAGCUGAAAGUCAAAGCUCAAAAGUAUGUUGGCUGUUCCCUUUCCCUCUGCUGGAUUCUGCACAUCUCGGUCAAUUUGAUUUUUCCUGCAUAUGUGUCUUAUGUAUCUGGCCAGUGGAGCAACAGGGACACUGUGAAGCAAGCAGAUUUUCAAUUCUGUUCCAACGUAGAUCACCACAGAAUUUUAGGCUUAGUAUAUGGGACACUAAUAGUAUUCCCUGAGAUUUUGUUUUCUGUGCUCAUCAUCUGGUCCAGUGGCUCCAUGGUUUUCAUCCUGUUCAGGCACAAACAUCGAGUCCAGCGCAUUCACAGGACUAAGCUUUCCCCCAGACCCUCAGCUGAGUCCAGAGCCACACAAAGCAUCCUCCUUCUGCUGAGCACCUUUGUAUGUUUCCACACCCUUUCCUCCAUGUUUAGUAUUUGUUUGGCUUUUUAUCAGGAUCUGAACAUAUGGCUGGUGAAUGCUUCAGAACUAAUUUCUCUAGGUUUUCCCACUGUGAGUCCCUUUCUUUUCAUGAACCAUGAGUCCACUCUAUGUAGGAUCUUAUCUGCCCACAUCAGGAUUAGGAAAUCCCCUAUUCUUAGGAGGAACAUGUAA